AUGGACGGCAAGAUUUCACAGCUAGUCGAAAUGGGCGCAUCGGUGGCUCAGGCCAAAGCGGCGUUGGCGGACCACAAGGACGUGAUGACGGCGGCAGAACACAUCUUUGACGGGAAAUACGAUCAUGUCGUAGAAGACGACGACGAGAUACCUGCGCCUGUUGCUUCGGGCAGUAAGACGACGCGUAAAGAGGAGAGUGAAGACGAUGAUGAGGAUGAGGAGAUGCAGGAUGAUGAGGACGAGGACGAUGGUGCGUAUUUCCGCCUUGGUGCUAUACCGCCGACUCAACUACCCCAACAGGCGAGGUAUGUGUCAUAUUACGCAGAGUACGACUCGGAUUUUGGCGAUGGACCCGCGACGGCACGCAAGACAACAGAUAUCGACCCUUACGCCGGGAUUUUCUUCUCCAAGGAUCGUAAAGAAGAAGUCAUCGAGAUUGAGGAGACACCAGAGUAUGUCCUCUUGGAAGACGGCGAGACGCGGGUGCCGUUGAUGACUCAGGGAGAGUGGAUGCGAGGCUGCCCCGAAGGUGGGGAGCAAGGUUUCUUGUUCUCGCUCUACCAAAACCUGUCCUCUGAUCCGUGUCCCUGCCCAUAUCAGUGUGGGCAGGUGUGCAUCCGGGAGAAAAAGGAUUUCUUCACCCUCUACCCAGAUUUCAAACAGUACACCUCUCACGUGAGCAAGUUGGUCCGACAUGUCUGUACUGGAUGUUCGAAGCCAUAUUGUCUCGCAUGUGGCGAAUCCUAUUCGCAAACAGAAAAGGCUCGUCCAGGCAUCGGCGCUGACGACCCAUUGUUCCAUUGUGGAAAUCUCCAAGGCUUGAUGAUUGGCAUGGGUCUCGCGAUCGUCCAGAUGCAACACGACUCGCAAGAUGCCUCUUCAAAGGAUCUCCAAACGCCGAGUUCACCAGAUGAGCCCGAGAAGAAGAAGCGAAAGCUGGGAACGUCGCUCAAGUCGGUUGUACCUGGUUUCCUGAGCGGUCCAUCAGAGGACGAUGAGGCUGCAAAGAAGAAGAGUGGCAUCGGCUACGCGGGGAAUGUCAAAGAGGACAUGUCGGGUCAACUCGAAGCUCUCGCCUCUCAGAAGGCGCGAGAUGCGAGCAUGGCAGAGCUACUUGCUGCCGUACGGGAGUACCUUCCCUCGGUGCGUCGUGCAGGCGGUGGUCGCGCUAGUGAUUUCUUGGUUCACCCCACUACACUCGCCCAUAUCCGCCGACGCUUCAAUGUUCUCUGCAGUACACUACUGCGGAAUGACUCGUUGUCAGACAUGAGCGACCGCUCUGCGCUAUACUCGGAGCUCUUCUCGUGGCUUGAGACAAUUUCCAACCACGAGGCUCUAGCGUCCAUCAUGGGCAUGCCGAUUAUGGUCGUUGCGUCUGUCAAGGACGUUGUCAUUCGAAAGAGUGCCAACAACGCUGGUUCGACCAAGGAAAGGACGAUCAUCUACGAGGGAUCCUCUGGGCCACGAGAGCUCUUAGAGUCGAUUGUCAUUCAAGCCGAGGCUGCGCUGAAGGGUCUCGAAGGAAUUAUCAAAGCGCGUGAAGCCAAGAGGGAUCCGGAGAAUAUGACCGAAGAGCAAAAGCGCAUGACCAACUUGAACAAGGGGAAGAAGCCUUUGAGUGGGUUCGACGAAGAGAAUGACAAGCUCCUCAAAUUUUGCUCUGGAAUUCUCAACACUGCAGCGGCGAUUGACCGCUCGUUGACGGAAAUCAAAGGCAAUGCAUUUAUGGAUCGAAUGUACAAGUCACUCCCACGUCUCAGUGCUGCAUCGCAGGCCAACACAAGCACGUCGCUUGACUUGGACGACAAGGCCGUCUUGAAGAGUGGUGCGUCUGAAGCGGAAGCGCGUGCUGUCUACGAGCAAUGGGCGACCAAGGCCCGGUUCGAGUACUGCGACUUGGAGGUGAAGAAUGCGCAUGGAGCCUCGUCGAGUCCACCAAACUACAAGUUUAGCUACAACAGUGAUGCGCGGAUGCUCGUCAAUUCGGACAUGCCGAAGCGGUCCCUUGCGAUUGCGAGGGAGUUGGCAGUGUUGACGACCAAUUUACCAGUAUCGUGGAACUCUUCCGUUUUCCUGAGAGUGGAUGAGAGUCGAGUGGAUAUCAUCAAGGCUUUGAUUACUGGCCCAGAUGGAACUCCGUAUGAAAACGGGUGUUACUUGUUUGAUAUCUUCCUCGGUGCGAGUUAUAAUCAUACGCCGCCGCUCGUCAAGUACUUGACGACAAAUAACGGAACCUACCGAUUCAACCCUAAUCUCUACGCGGAAGGAAAAGUCUGCCUGUCGCUGCUUGGAACAUGGGAAGGACCCGGGUGGAUAAGCGGCAAGUCGACGUUACUGCAAGUUCUCAUCUCUAUUCAGUCGAUGAUUCUGUGCGAAGAACCUUAUCUAAAUGAGCCUGGAUGGGCGAGUCAAGCCGGUACACCUGCUUCGAAGGCUUACUCUGCAAAUGUCCGACGAAUGGUCGUCAAUACAGCCAUGCUUGGGAACUUGAAGAAUCCGCCGGAACCCUUUGAAGAUGUGAUCCGCACCCAUUUCCGUCUAAAGGCAAAGGCGAUCACCGAACAACUCGACCGGUGGCUCAAGAUGGACGAUGGAAAUGCGACAUCAGGAGCCAAUAAUGGUGGAUUAUCGACCAAUGGUGGAAGUGCUGGCGCGGCGUUUCAACAAGACGUUGCAGAACUCAAGGCGCUUCUCCGAGAUCUCGCAAACGAGGGACAAUAG